AUGAGUUCUCACAGCUUUAUCAGCGAUGGUCCCACCCACCUCGCGGUUCGAGCCCAGCAAUGCCCAGUGAUGAGCGAGGCCAUCGCUUCUCAUCCCGAGACUGCCGUACAAGCUGCUCCGGCAAUGUCGAGUGCUGCAGGAAACUUUCUAUUCGGCUCUGGCCCAGCGCAGCUUGCUGCUUCCAACCGCCUCGGCACUGCUAGCCCUCGUCCUUCGGUCUGUCCAUUCGCUGCCAGUGCCACCUUCAACCCUCACUUAGCCAACCAGCAGCAAACUCGUGGCUACGUCGCACGCACCGAGUCGCCCUUCGCGAGCAUUGUGCCCAACGACCGCAUCGACCGCAUCCACGCUCAAGAAGGCAUCCGCACUGGAGGCAUUGGGGACGUGGAGAGAUGCCCCCACACGAAGGCGCUAGCUGCUGCUGCAGCUGCUGAGAAAGCUGCUGCCUUUGCCGCUGAGGGUCGCUCCUCCUUCCGCGCCGAUGCUGUCAAGAAGAAGACCAAGCAGACCCGCACUCCAGGCAGCGGUAUGGGUAUUCCACCCACGCCACAGCCCAAGCAGGCGCCAGGCUUCGACUAUGAGCAAUUCUACCACCGCAACAUCAUGGCGAAGCACGCGGACAAGUCUUACCGCUACUUCAACAACAUCAAUCGUUUGGUCGACCGUGCGCCUCGUGGACAUCUUCAAGACGAGACCCAGGAGAUCACCGUCUGGUGCUCCAACGACUACCAGAACAUGAGUCGUCAUCCCAAGGUGCUCGAGGAGAUGUCCAAGACGCUCGCCAAGUACGGUGCAGGAGCUGGUGGCACGCGAAACAUUGCUGGCCACAAUCAGCACGUCGAGCAUAUCGAGGCCACUAUCGCAGAGCUUCACCGCAAGGAGGCCGCGCUGGUAUUUGGCUCAUGCUACGCGGCCAACGAUGCCACCUUGUCGAUUCUGGGCUCCAUGCUUCCGAAUUGCGUCAUCUUCUCGGACAGCUCCAACCACGCGUCCAUGAUCCAAGGCAUCCGCCAUUCGGGCGCGAAGAAGGUCAUCUACAAGCACAACGAUAUGGCAGACCUUGAGGCAAAGCUGCAAGCUAUACCUGUAGACACUCCCAAGCUCAUCGCCUUCGAGUCCGUCUACAGCAUGUGCGGCACGGUUGGACCCAUCGAGAAGACGAUCGAGCUCGCGGAGAAGUAUGGUGCCAUUACUUUCCUCGAUGAGGUGCACGCUGUUGGCAUGUACGGGCCUCGCGGUGCAGGUGUCGCUGAGCACCUGGACUGGGACGUUCAGAUGCGUGGCGGUGCCUCUGCUCAAGGUGGCAAGCCGACAAUCAUGGACCGCAUCGACAUCAUCACUGGUACGAACGGUAAAGCCUUCGGUGUCGUGGGCGGGUACAUUGCCGGCUCCUCCCGCUUUGUGGACAUGAUCCGCUGCUUUGCUCCUCAGUUCAUCUUCUCGACCACGCUGCCGCCUGCAGUACUGACUGGAGCUCGUACCGCCAUUGA